AUGCGUCGAUCAUCAUUCAUAUUACCUUAUAAACAACAAAAUCGACGAGAUUAUAUUAUUAUUCGACGUAUUAUGAUAGUUGUAAUUCUAUUAAGUAUAGCUUCACUUCCGCCUAUCAUUGAUUUAAUUAUUUAUGUUCCACAAGGUAAACUUGAUCCAUUAAUUUAUCGUAUUGAAUGGGUUUCAGCUUCUGUAAAUGCACUUAUAUUCGCUUUUAUUAGUCAACUAUUUGUUAAUCCAUAA